AUGUGUGCCGGCAGGGUAACUAGUACGACUCGUCCCCCAACGCCCUCCUUUCUCUUUCCCUGCCACUCACUCACCUCUUUCCCUGCCACUCACUCACCUCUUUCCCUGCCGCUCACUCACCUCUUUCCCUGCCGCUCACUCACCUCUUUCCCUGCCACUCACUCACUCACCUCUUUCACCUCUCUCCCUGCCACUCACUCACCUCUUUCCCCGCGACUCACUCACCUCUUUCCCCGCGACUCACUCACCUCUUUCCCUGCCACUCACUCACCUCUUUCCCUGCAAGUGUUGGCAAGUGGUGACACGUGUGACUCACUCAACGCCCUCUUCUCCACGCAGAUACAGCCGCUCAACCCUGCCCUCACCUGCUCCGACGGGCCCAGGCCUGGCCAGAUACUCAGGGGAGUGCUUGCUGCAGAUCUCCACAGAAACGGGAGUGUGUUCACACAUUCCUAUUCCCUCUCUCUUCCCACUCCCCCAUUCUCAUCCAUCUCCUUCUCCUCCCCUCUUCCCCCUUCUCCACGUUUUCUUCACACAUUCAUCUCCCCCCUCUCCCCCAUCUUCCUUCUCUCCCUUUCUCCUCCCUCUCCCCCUUUUGCCUCCCUCUCCCCCUUUCUCCUCCCUCUCCCCCUUUCUCCUCCUUCUCUCCCUUUCUCCCCCCUCUCCCCCCUCUCCCCCUCUCUCCCUUUCUCCUCCCUCCCUCCUUCACAGCUCCUCUGCGUAGCCUUCAACCAGACGCCUGCAGAGCUGCCAGCAGCUGUGGCGGGCAUUUGGCGUCGCCUCUCCCUCGCGCUUCUUCCAGAUGAAUCAGGGCCUCUCGUGCGAUGCACUGCUGCCGUACAGCCCCCUGCAGGGCAAUAUGAUGAGAAGGGUGAGUUGGGUUGCCUGUGUGCGGUGGGUGGGGAGGCAAGUGGGGAGACGCGCAGUGUUUGCCAUCGCCUUCCCCACGCGCUUCUUCCAGAUGAAUCCCAACCUCUCGUGCGACUCGCUGCUGCCGCACAGCCCCCUGCAGGGCAACAUGAUGAGUCGGGUGAGUCGGAAAGGUUAUUCAAUGCAGUUUCUUUUUCUUCCCCUUCUAUCCUGUUCCUCACUGAUGGUUGA